UUGUCUCGCCUAUCACGACCAUCACGACCUUCAUGACCACGCUAUUGUCCUAGGUAGGAAACACAUGUGCCAAUUGUUGAUACGCCAGCAGGAUGGUCAUGUGAUACAAAGUUUCUACAAAUACCAAGCAAGCAUUUUGCAAUAAAUGGACAGAAGAAUGGACGAGUUAAACAGCGUGAAGCCUGCGGAGGCAGAAAAUAACAGCACCCAGACAUCAAGAGAUAUUAACAAGAAACGUGACAAUUACUUGAGCUGGAAAGACUAUUUCAUGGCGAUUGCAUUCCUGGCAGCCAAGAGAAGUAAAGACCCAUGUACCCAAGUUGGAGCAUGUAUUAUAAAUAAAGACAAGAAAAUUGUUGGUAUCGGGUAUAAUGGAAUGCCUACUGGCUGUAGUGAUGAUGAAUUUCCAUGGAACAAGGGAAAAGUGGCCGGACAUGACACAAAACAUUUAUAUGUUUGCCAUGCUGAAAUGAAUGCUAUACUAAACAAAAACGCAGCAGACGUCAAGAAUUGCACCAUGUAUGUUGCAUUAUUCCCAUGUAAUGAAUGUGCUAAAAUUAUAAUCCAGUCUGGAAUCAGAGAAGUGGUCUACAUGUCAGACAAACGCUCUCACAAGGUGGAGACAAAGGCUGCCAAAAAAAUGUUUGAUUCAGCAGGUAUCAUUUACUGGCAGUACACUCCACAAAAUCCACAGAUUGUGAUUGACUUCAAGGAAAUCGAUUGGGAUAAUAUGACCCAGUUACCGCCAUCCCCUGUUAAGCAAAAUGAAAAUAUAUGAAAAUAACACGGUUUUUAAUGAACACUUGUGGUUUGGACAAUCAUUAGUGGUACUCCACUUCUGAAUUCUUUUCAUUCUAAGUAUACAUAAAUUUUCUGUAACAGUAAAAGCAAGAAAAGGUAUUAUAAUAUUGCAGCAUAUAACCUGUUGCUAGGCAAAGACCUCAAAACAAAUGAGACAACAGUUGUCGCUGUGCAGUGGUGCUUUCUAUGUAGUCUGUGCCAAGGAGUUACACUGAAGACAAUUGGGGCAACCCAGUGGUUGUCAGCUGAGAGUUGAAAUCUGCAUAGGAGGCUGUGAAGACAGGGCCUGAGCACAUGGAGCUGAAGACACAGCAGGCUGGAAAAUGGCUUUCCAAGUGGUCAAAUCCAUACCCCGUCUAUAGUCACACCCACAGAAAUGUAAUGUGGCUUGUUAACCCAUGAAUCAGGUAACUAACCUGCUGAUAUUCAAGUCAUUUUAUAACAGACUUACAUGCACAGCAUAAAGAAUGUGACAGCAGACUUGCAAAGCAAGGUAAAAAGGUUAGCUUUCUCUCUGUUUUAAGCAUCAUGUAAUCAAGAUACAUGGAGGAGUGAAGGUAUAGCUCCAUGCAUUAACCUUGGUACUAAACAGAGAACAGUGAUCAGUUUCGUGCUCAAGCUGCUUUACUGCCUGUGAAAUAGCCCCAGAUACCCAUUGGAUAGGAAGCCAGGUGCGCCACAGAACCAGUCUGAAUGAAGUGGCGACAAGAAAAAUGUCUGCCUGACAGGAAUCAAUCCCUAGUCAUUCAGUAAUAACAGUAUGAACAAUACUGUAGAGUAAUUGCUACAAGUUGUAUGUUGUUGCUUUAACCCUUGGACAGUCACCAUAUUCCUAUACUACCAGACCACCAAUUUCUUAACACAAUGUGAAUACUUUUGUAAACUGUAAUUACUGUUCUUCCACAUGCUAUACGAUGGGGUACCCAAAAGAAACCGAACUAAUUUUUUUGUGGGCAGAGCUUUUGUAGUACCACGUUUUG